ACCGUGGCCGUCCUGGCCCCAGGGCUGACUAGUCACUGUAUUUCAUUUUGCUCCAGAAUUUAUACCUAGCCUCCACCAUUAUCAAAAAGCUUUACCUUUUUCAAAUCUUCCUUUCUCUUUGGAAAAGAAUAUAUCAGUAAGAAUGUCAGUUUCUUCACCUAGCUUCAACAUUACGCCUCCUUUCAACUUCUUUAACGAGGCCACCGCUCCGAUCAAGCAGACUUUUCUCGCCGUUAAAUCUCCGAUUCCAAUCAACUCAGUCUUUUCAUCUUCUCUUGUUCCUCAACCAAUCAACGCUUGCAUUCACUCGGUUUCACUUCUCCAAUGCGUUAACUCCGAGUCCGCCGCCAAUACAAUUGCCGAUUUGUCCGGACGGGUGGAGGAUUGUAAUUUCGUUCAGGAUGAACGAGUUUUGGACUUGAGGAUUGAUGGAGGUGGUGGUGGUAGUAAUGGGGAUUCUGGAGGUGGUGCCGGUGGAGGUGGAGCCGGUGGUGGUGGAGGUGGAGACGAGGGUGAUAGCGAAGAAGAGAAGGAGUUUGGGCCGAUAAUGAGAUUCGAGGAAGUGAUGAAGGAAGCAGAAACGCGUGGAGUGCAACUUCCCGCAGAUAUGGUAGAGGCUGCCAAAACUACGGGAAUACGUGAAAUGUUUGUCCUUAGAUACAUGGAGUUGCAGGGGUCGGUUUGGCCGCUCAGCUUUUUGAUGAAGUACUGUGCUAUCUUGCGCAACCGAAUGCUGGCUGAUCCUUCUUUUCUUUUCAAAGUUGGAACAGAGAUAGUCAUUGAUUCUUGUUGUGCCACAUUUGCGGAAGUUCAAAAAAGGGGAAAGGACUUCUGGUCAGAGUUUGAGUUGUAUGCAGCUGACCUUUUGGUUGGUAUUGUGGUUGACAUUGCUUUGGUUGGUAUGUUAGCACCUUAUGCACGUAUUGGGCAGCCAUCUGUUUCAAGAGGUGUAUUUGGAAAAAUACAACAGGCUUGUGCGGCUCUUCCCAGCAGCGUAUUUGAAGCUGAAAGGCCAGGAUGUAAAUUCUCUGUGAAGCAGCGCAUUGCUACAUACUUCUAUAAGGGGGUAUUAUACGGUUCAGUUGGGUUUGGGUGUGGACUCAUUGGCCAAGGCAUUGCUAAUCUGAUCAUGACUGCCAAACGGAGCAUAAAGAAAUCAGAAGAGGAUAUUCCAGUUCCACCUCUUGUGCAAAGUGCUGUUCUUUGGGGUGUUUUUCUUGCUGUAUCUUCCAAUACUCGUUACCAAAUCAUUAAUGGACUGGAACGCCUGGUUGAAGCAUCACCUUUGGCAAAGCAAGUCCCUCCUGUUGCAAUGGCUUUCACUGUUGGUGUAAGAUUUGCCAACAAUAUUUAUGGUGGGAUGCAGUUCGUAGAUUGGGCAAAGUGGAGUGGGGUGCAGUAAUGGCAAGUCAUUUGUACAAGGCAUGCCUCUUUUUGACCAUUGAAUGCACUUUUCUCCACACUAUGAAAAGAACAUCCACGGACGUUUUUGUGGGAGAGAGAAACAGAGAUAUUUAUACAUGUUAUUUAAAUUUAGCAUCAGGUGUCUAUCAAGAAGAAGCCUUCUGUUUUUGUUUGGCUUCAUCAUUACCCAUUUCCAUUCAAUUGUCUGGAUGAGAAAUUGUGUUCAACUUACCAAUUUUGAGUGGGUAAUAUUGUUGUGCUAUUGGAGGUUGGUUUUAUAGUACUGAAAGUAGUGGGGUGGCAUAAUCUUUUCAGCAACUGAUAUUGUUGGCUGAUUAUACAUUGUCUGGUAAA